AUGUCGACUAAGAUGGCUGAGCGCCUCAAGGGCAAGACCAUUGUCAUCACCGGUGCGUCUUCUGGCAUUGGUAAAUCAACAGCCCUCGAAUUCGCCCGGACACAGCCAGACGACUUGAAGCUCAUCUUGACUGCACGAAGGGAGGACUCAUUGAAAGAACUUGCGCAGGAGAUUGGUGGGUUUGCAAAAGGCGUCAAAGUCCUACCGGUCAAGAUGGAUGUCAGCAAGCCCGAUGAGGUCCAAAAUUUUGUUGGCAACCUUCCUCAAGAGUUCAAGGACAUCGAUGUGCUGGUCAACAACGCUGGACUCGUCAAAGGCGUUGCCCAAGCCCCCGAUAUCUCUCCAGCCGACAUCGAUAUCAUGUUCAGCACAAAUGUAACCGGCCUGAUCAACAUGACGCAAGCCAUCCUUCCUAUCUUCAAGGCACGCUCCACCCCCUUAGGCGACAUCAUAAACAUUGGCUCCAUUGCGGGCCGUGAACCCUACCAGGGCGGAUCCAUCUACUGCGCAACCAAGGCUGCAGUCCGAAGCUUCACAGACGCCCUACGCAGGGAGCUGAUCGCAACAAGGAUAAGAGUCAUAGAAAUUGACCCAGGCCAGGUGGAAACUGAAUUCAGUGUUGUAAGGUUCGGUGGAGACAAGGAAAAGGCAAAGAAGGUAUAUGAAGGAGUCGAGCCUUUGACACCUGAUGACAUUGCCGAGGUUGUCGUCUUUGCUGCUGGCAGGAGAGAGAACGUGGUACUUGCUGAUAGCUUGAUAUUUCCAAACCACCAAGCGGCAGCUACAGUUAUGCACCGGAAAACUGCUGGUCAGUAA